ACAGAUAACGAUCGUUCCUACUUCAUGGCGUGUUGGGGCUGGUAUCUGUAAGGAUGGCACUGGUCUGGCGCAGAGGAAGCGUUCAAUAAAAGGCGGCUAUGAUUCACGCAAAGGUGCCUGGGACCUGCUUGCUCACCAUUCAUGUCCUGCAGGCCCGUGACCUGCCCUCCAAGGACCUAUUGACCCCCUCUGACUGCUACGUGACUCUGUGGCUGCCCUCGGCCUCCAGCCACCAGCUCCAGACGCGCGUGGUCAAGAACAGCAGAAACCCCAUCUGGAAUCAGAGCUUUCAUUUCCGAAUCCACACCCAGCUCAAGAACAUCGUGCAGUUCAAAGUCUUUGACCAGGACCUUCUGACCAAGGAUGACCCUCUGUUGUUGGUGCUGUUUGACGUGGGGACUUUGCGGGCUGGGGAGUCCCGGCGUGAGAGCUUCUCACUGAACCCUCAGGGCAAGGAGCAGCUGGAAGUUGAAUUUCGGCUGCAGAAUCUGACCGACUGUGCUGAGCGCCUCGUCAGUAAUGGCAUCCUGGUGGCCCGGGAGCUCUCCUGCUUGUGUGUUCAACUGGAGAAGGCUGGGGGCCAGCAGGGGUCGGAGGGCAGAGUUCAGCUCGUGGUUCCUGGGUCCUGUGAGGGUCCGCAGGAGGCCUCCGUGGGCGCCGGCUCCUUCCGCUUCCAUUGGCCGGCCUGCUGGGAGCAGGAGCUGAGUGUUCACCUGCAGGAUGAGCCCCAAGAGCAGCUAAAGGUGCCUCUGAGGGCACUGCCCUCUGACCAGGUGGUGAGACGUGUCUUCCCUACAUCCCAGGAGCCCCUGAUGAAGGUGGAGCUGAAAAAAGAAGAAGGACCGAGAGAGCUGGCAGUGCGGCUGGACUGCAGGCCCUGUGCCGAGGAGCGGGCCUUCCUGAGCAGGAGGAAACAGGUGGUGGCCAAGGCCCUGAAGCAGGCCCUGCAGCUGGAUGGAGACCUGCAGGAGGAUGAGAUCCCAGUGGUAGCUGUUGCGGCCACUGGUGGUGGGACCCGGGCCAUGACUUCCCUGUAUGGGCAGCUGGCGGGCCUGAAGGAGCUGGGCCUCUUGGACUGCAUCUCCUACAUCACAGGGGCCUCGGGCUCCACCUGGGCUUUGGCCAACCUCUAUGAGGACCCAGAGUGGUCUCAGAAGAACCUGGCAGGGCCCAUCGAGUCACUGAAGACGCAGGUGACCAAGAGCAAGCUGGGCGUGGUGGCCCCCAGCCAGCUGUGGCGGUACCAGCAGGAGCUGGCUGAGCGUGCACACCUGGGCCACCCGCCCUGCUUCACCACCCUGUGGGCCCUCAUCAACGAGGCGCUGUUGCAUGACGAGCCUCACGACCACAAACUCUCAGACCAGCGGGAGGCCCUGAGCCGUGGCCAGAACCCUCUGCCCAUCUACUGUGCUCUCAACACCAAAGAACGGAACCUGACUACUUUUGAAUUUGGGGAGUGGUGUGAGUUCUCCCCCUACGAGGUCGGCUUUCCCAAGUACGGCGCCUUCAUCCCCUCUGAGCUCUUCGGCUCCGAGUUCUUCAUGGGGCGCCUGAUAAAGCGGCUUCCUGAGUCCCGCAUCUGCUUCCUGGAAGGCAUCUGGAGCAACGUGUACGCAGCCAGCCUCCAGGACAGCUUGUAUUGGUCCUCCGAGCCCAGCCAGUUCUGGGACCGCUGGGCACAGGCUCAGGCCAGCCUGGACAAGGAGCAGGUCCCCCUUCUGAAUAUACAAGAGCCUCCCACAGUGGCCAGCAGGAUAGCUGAGUUCUUCACUGACCUUCUGACACGGCGUCCACUUGCCCAGGCCACCCACAAUUUCCUCCGUGGCCUCUCUUUCCACAAGGACUAUUUCCAGCAUCCUCACUUCUCUGCCUGGAAAGCCACCAAACUGGAUGGCCUCCCCAGCCAGCUGACACCUGCAGAACCCUUCCUUUGCCUGUUGGAUGUUGGCUACUUAGUCAACACCAGCUGCCCACCCCUCCUGCGGCCCACACGGGACGUGGACCUCAUCCUGUCGCUGGAUUACAACCUCCAUGGAGCCUUUCAGCAGCUGCAGAUCCUGGAUCGGUUCUGCCAGGAGCAGGGCAUCCCAUUCCCGUCCAUCUCACCCAGCCCCGAGGAGCAGUGCCAGCCCCGGGAGUGCCACCUCUUCUCGGACCCUGCCCACCCUGACGCCCCUGCUGUGCUGCACUUCCCGCUGGUCAACGCCUCUUUCCGGGAGUACUCAGCCCCAGGGGUCCGGCGGACGGCCGAGGCGCAGGAGGCCGGGGAGGUGAACCUGUCUUCAUCCGACUCCCCCUACCACUACAUGAAGGUGACUUACAGCCGGGAGGACAUGGACAAGCUGCUCCGCCUGACGCAUUACAACAUCUGCAACAACCAGGAGCAGCUGCUGGAGGCCCUGCGUGAGGCUGUGCGGCGGCACAGGCAGCGCCGGGCCGAGUGAUGCGCGGGAGGAUGCCCCGCCCCAGCCCCACGGCCUCUGACUUUUUCAGGCUCCCUUCUUGGCCGCCUUGCUGCUCCGGUUGAGUUGGGGUGGAGACCAUCAUCCCCAAGUUCAGAGCCUCUGGCAGUUUGGACGGCCCAGUUGUGGUCGCCAGCCCUCUGAGGGGCUCACGAAGGUGCCCAGCACCACCCAGACGUGGCACUGAAGCCACCAGCACCCCUGCCAUGGACACCCUGGGGUAGGUUGAGGGUUUUAAACAGGGGCUGGGGCCUCGUCUCCAUGACGUGGCAGCGGGGGUAAGUGGGGCAGUCUGGGCCAGAUUUGUGUACGCACCCAAAACCCCGUGACCUGCGUGUCCUUUCCCUUCCUUGCUACCUUGAGUAGCUGUACAGAGUGAAAGUAGAGCGUUUUAUGUAUUACAGAGGCCUGUACAAACGUGA